GCAGUUGAAGCGCGACGAUGGCCGGUGACGAGGUUCCGAAACAGAGGCGAGGACAGCAGACAGAGCGGGAGAAAGCAGAUCUGGUGAUACAGAGAAAAUUUGGAAAGAAACAACUGCAAAAUGUAGAAAGCAUGAGAAUUAAUUGCUAUUGCAGUUUGAGUGAGGUAGUGAAGAGGAUAAAACAACAACUAAAAGCUGAAGAAUUGGUUGAAUUCAGGAGAAGUGUAUUUGGUUGGGUAUUGGAUGUGGAAGAGAUGCGCACAAUUAGUGGGCAACUUCAACUUGGAUUUCUGUGCAACUACGUAAAAAAGGUGAAUGGGAGGAAAGAGCUAAAUGCCAUUCAUUUUCAUAUUGAAAACAGCUUAG